UUCUUAGUUUAGUUCAUUUCCCCCUGAAUUUAGAACCUAAUACCAGCGUUUUCUUUUUUUAGAACAAGAGAGGAGUUGUGAAUGUGAUAUGUAUUCAAGUUGUGGUGCCAAAUCCAUCCCUAUUGGGCAUGGGAAUGAAAUUUGGGUUGUUCCCCUCCACCGAGACACACAACGGAAUACUUAAUUCAGAACCGCGCUACCAUGGAUUUUAUCCAAAUUUGAAUAUCCGAGCAAGAGAAAACGUCUGAAAAAUCAAUUUUCCAGCCUCAAAACCAACCUCUUUUUUUUUUUAAUCUCCUACCUCAAAUCCCGCACCGAUUAAACCCCUAACACCAGAGCUGUAAAGCCUUCUAGAACCUUCCACCCCUCCUCCCCAGAACCCUAAACCCUAGCGCCAUGCGCCGCCCUCAUGGCCGCGUCGCGGCGAAGCAGAGCCGCCUCCGGGAGGCUGACGAGAUCCGCCUCCUCGACGAAUGGAUCGACGCCGGCAAGCCCCUUCCGGGCACCAAGCCCCCGCCCCCCUCGAAAUCCGCGGGAGCGGGGCUGGCCACAGCGGCCGGGGAGCACCCGGAGUACGGGGCGUGCACGCGGUUCGACGAGCUGCCGCUGUCGCAGAAGACCAAGGACGCGCUGCGGAAGGCGGGGUACACAGAGAUGAGCGAGAUACAGCGCGCCGCCUUGCCACACGCGCUCUGCGGCCGCGACGUCCUUGGCGCGGCCAAGACCGGCUCCGGCAAGACCCUCGCCUUCGUCAUCCCGGUUAUAGAGAAGCUGUACAGAGAGAGAUGGGGUCCAGAGGAUGGUGUGGGUUGCAUUAUUCUUUCCCCCACAAACGAUUUGGCUGGGCAGAUUUUUGAAGUGAUCAGGAAGGUGGGAAAGUUUCAUAACCUUAGUGGUGGUGUUAUUGUUGGUAAGCGCAAAGGUAUUGAGGAAGAGAAGGCACGUGUGAACAGCUUGAAUAUCCUAGUGUGCACGCCUGGGCGGUUAGUCCAGCACUUCAACGAGACUGCUAACUUCGAUUGCUCACAGCUCCAGUUGUUGGUGCUUGACGAGGCAGAUCAAAUUCUUGAUCAUGGUUUUAGAAGUCAGGUUGAUGCUAUCAUUUCUCAGAUUCCCAGAGUUAGACAAACUUUACUGUUUUCUGCUACACAAACGAAGUCAGUUAAGGACCUUGCAAGGGUUAGCCUGAAGGAUCCUGAAUAUAUAAGUGUGCACGAGGAGGCUAGGACGGCCACCCCAGAUACUCUUGAGCAGUACGCCAUGAUUGUGCCUCUUGAACAGAAGCUAAAUAUGCUCUGGAGCUUCAUUAAAAGGCAUCUAAAUUCAAAAACAAUAGUCUUCUUAUCCAGUGUCAAGCAGGUCAAAUUUGUUUUUGAAAUUUUCAAGAAACUUCGUCCUGGUAUUCCUUUGAAAUGCAUGCAUGGACGGAUGAAACAUGAAGUACAGUUGGCCAUAGUUGCAGAUUUCAAUGAAAGUACUUCAGUUCUGUUUUCAACUGAUAUAACCGCUAGAGGACUGGAUAUACAGAAUGUGGACUGGGUGGUACAGGUUGAUUGCCCAGAAAGUAUUGAUAAUUACAUCCAUAGAGUUGGUCGUACAGCUCGUUACAAUAAGAAAGGAAAAGCUCUUAUGUUCCUUUGUCCUGAGGAAGAAAGAAUGCUUGAAAAAUUGAAGGCAACCGAAAGUAAAAUACCUAUACAUAUUCGAAAGCCAAAGGCGGAGCAACUAGAGCAGAUAUCUCAGACUAUAGCAUCGGUGCUAGUUAAAUUUCCCAAUCUGCAACAAUUGGGUAAAAGGGCUUUUGUUACAUAUCUCAAGUCAGUGUACCUCCAGCAAGACAAAGAGGUGUUCGACCUGAGCAGGUUCUCUGCAGAGAAGUUUGCUGCAUAUGCUGCUUCACUUGGUCUGCCUGUUACCCCAAACAUCCGCUUUAUAAGACACAAGAAGAAUGUGGCGAAGAAGGAUAUGGAGGAUACUGAUAUGAAACAGAUGGAAUCCAGUUCCAAACCUGAAGUUAACACCAAUCCACAGUUCAACAGUGAUUUGAUUGUGGAUGAUGGAAAUGACGACAUCCUUUAUCCCAAGAAGCCCAAUGCAGAUGCUUGUAUGGAUAAUGAAAUUGACGUUAUCCUUCAUCCUAAGGAGCCCACCACAUAUGCAAAUACGAAACCAGAAGUCGACGAACUUGGAAGGCCCUUAAAAAAGAAGAAACUGAAGAUAAACGUGCACAGGCCAGUGGGAACAAGGGUCAAGUAUGAUGAUGAAGGCAACGCCAUCCCUCCUCUCGCGUCCGUAGCCGAAGAAGUGGCUUCAGAAGCUGUGGUUCACAAGGAUAAAAUUUCCCAGCGGUAUGCGGAGAUGCUCAGAGAAAUGCGGGAGCACGACAAGGAGGACAAGCUCGAACACAAGAAGAGCUUGCGUGAGAAGAAGCUGCUGAAGAAGAUGAAGCGCAAGAGGCAGGAGACCGAAGCUGGGUCAGAGGAGAAUAGCGGUUCAGAAUCGGACAGAGUUAGAAACGCAGCCAGCAAGGGUAAAAAGAAGUACUUUGAUAGUGACGACGAAGGCAAUGAUGCUGUGAAGGAUGGUGACGUUCUCGCUCAACAGGAAGCAUUGGCACUGAAGCUCUUGAGUAAAAUGCACAGUUAACUUAGGAAAGUGAUGGCGUAGGUUGCUCGUGAUGUGGGUUGCCUACCUUAGUGAGCUCCCCAAACCGUAGGGGGUGAAAUUUUGACCGUGCCGUGGUAUUUUUUUUCCUAGUUCUUCUGGGAGUUAAUAUAUGAGAUACUAUUCCACUUAUCAGGCAUA